GUUUUGUUUGUCUGGUUGUGCUGGCGACUGAGAGGGAAGGAGCCAGGCCUAGUGGAUGCCUUGAAAGCCUGAGGCCUAACAACCAAACUCAGCCUGGCAACCUGGGCUAGAGAGGGUGUGGCAGGGCUGGUCGCGAUGUCUCCGGAUGAGGGCACCGAGUGGCUCCUGCAGCUGCUGAAGGAAGUGCAACUCGAGCAGUUCUACCUGAGGAUCCGCGACGACCUCAACGUCACCCGCCUCUCGCACUUUGACUUCGUCAAGACCGUCGACCUGGAGCGAAUCGGGAUGGGCCGGCCAGGGCACAGACGUCUCCUCGAGGCAGUGAAGCGAAGGCGCGUGAUGGGACGUCCCAAGUCCUGGAUGUCUAAGAUGUUCAGCGUGAAGGCGGGCGAUUACUACGAGCAGCCAUCGUACGCCGGCAGCCAAAACCCCUCUGCCCCGGAGUCGGACUUUGCGCUCAAGUGCCUGAUCAACGACAGGGACCUAGUCCUGCACGAGCGGCUGGGCAACGGCUCCUUCGGCGUGGUGAGACGGGGGGAGUGGAGGCUGCCCAACGGACGUGUGUUGAAUGUGGCCGUGAAGUGCCUGAGGCCGGACAUCUCGAGUGAGGGGGAGGCCACGGCCGAUUUCCUGCAGGAGGUCAAUGCGAUGUACGCCCUCAACCACCCACACCUCAUCCACCUGUAUGGCGUCAUCCUCAGCCACCCCAUGAAAAUGGUGACGGAGUUGGCUCCCCUUGGGUCCCUGUACGACCACCUGCGGAGCCGGCACGCGGCCUUCCCCAUCCACCUCCUGUGGCUGUACGCCGCGCAGGUGUGCGAGGGCAUGGACUACCUGGAGUCCCAUCACUUCAUCCACCGCGACCUGGCCGCACGCAACAUCCUGCUGGCCAGCGAGGAUCUGGUGAAGAUCGCCGACUUCGGUCUGACCCGCUCGCUGUCCGACUGCGACCAUUAUGUGAUGCAGGCUCAUCGCAAGAUCCCCUUCGCCUGGUGCGCUCCGGAAAGCCUGAAGUCGGGAACCUUCUCCCACGCGUCGGAUGUCUGGAUGUAUGGAGUUGUCUUGUGGGAGCUGUUCUCCUAUUGCGAGGAGCCCUGGAUGGGGAUGUACGGCAGAGAGAUUUUAAUGAUGAUCGACCGUGAAGGAAAGAGGUUGGAGCAGCCUGUCGAUUGUCCGACCAACAUCUACAACUUGGCACUUCACUGCUGGUCAGCUGUGCCCGAGGACCGUCCCACCUUCAGCGCACUGCGACCACGGAUCAAAGAGGCCCGCCCCCUGGAGGUGAGGUCGCUGCAGGACUUCAGCGAGGCGGGGAAGCUGAAGAUGCAGAUGAAUGAUGUCAUCACGGUCAUCGAUGGACGGCCUGAGCUGGUGUUUUGGCGAGGACAGAACAAGAAGACCCUACAAGUGGGUCUCUUCCCUCAGACCCACGUGACUGCCAGUACCAGCCGCUCUGGUCCCAUGAUCAGCUCGCCGCUGAGGAGCACCUUCAUUCACCUCGGACACGGCGACAUCGACCCCCGUCGCUCCUGGGGCUUCCCUGAGAAGAUCAACGAGAAAUCUGGGAGUAAUCUGGCUGAUACCCGGAAUCCGAUCCAGCUGCUCAAGAUGUCAGGCCUUUCCCGGAGUCUGGACUCCAACAUCGACAGCGCGGAGCAGUUCUCCGACAGCGCCGACGUCCCGGAGCGGAACGCCAAGCCCGUCUCCAAGGAGCGCCUGAGGUGCAUCAGCGAGCAGGCCGCAGCCUUCGGGGCCGCCAGGGCCCAGGGCAACGGGAGGCCAAGGCGGGGCCCGAGGGGAGACCGUCGCUGGGCAGCCGAGGCCGAGGACGUGGCCCCGGCCGUGGCCAAGAUGCGGCUCAGGACGUCCCAGCCAAGGCCCAACUGCUGGUCCCUGGUGUGGCCACAGGAGCAGGAGUCGGUCGGACACCCCCACCACCAGGUGGAGAUCAGGAAGGACUUCAGGGGAGGCAGGCCUGCCGAGCAGCCAGGUAGACCCCGAGGUGCCAAGGGCAAUUAUCUGGGCACCAGUGUCUCCGAGGAGGUGCGAUCCGCUCCACAGGGCCCCAAGCCCAGCCUGCAGAGCAAAAUUAGACGUGUGCGGGAGGCAGUGCAUGGGGUCACCACAGAGGAGUGCCAGGAGGCUUUGCACAGCACCCACCUCGAUACACAGAAGGCCAUCCAGCACUUAAAGAUCCAACAACUGUACAACAUGAGUCAGAUGACCUGGGAGGAAUGUCAGCACAUCCUCCAGGAAUUUAACUGGAACCUGGAGAACGCCAGCCAGUUCCUGCUGAAGAGGAGUUUAAAAUCAUGAAAGUUCCACAAAGGACAUUGGAGGAAACUGGUUUCAGCUCCGAACUGGACGACAAACCUCCGAGGGGCGUCUGUUGGGGACGGACUUGAGCCCCAAACUUCCAAGUUGUGCGGCUGAAUUGACAGCCCUGCUCCAUUUCCCGGCAGAGUAUCACAUGGGUAGCUGCGUGCUGUUUCAUCGGACAGUCCCCGAAAGGGGGGAGGGAGUCGUGACGGCAAGAACGCGGGAGGUGUGCGGGGUAACGGCACCACCGCCCUCUCGGAAUCCGCUGCUGCCCAUGGGAUCUUUGGCGCCAUGUUGUGCGACGUGAUUGGUUCGGAUGGAGUGGGGGGGGUUGGGGGAGAGCACACGGUUUGUGGGGUUGAAGUUGUGGCCUGUGUCACAUAAUCCCAGGGGGUCACCUGAUCCAGAACGGUGGCCCGUGAUUGGUGGGGUGUCUUCGUCCCAAUGGCAGAACCCUAGGGGAUAGGCCGAUUCCCAGCCAAUCUCGGUGAUCUCUCCUGCGCGAUCUACAGCAUGGGUACAGGCCGUUUGGGCCACGCCAGUCCUUCUGGCCCACAAUUUCUUCCUGCCACUCUACCCGGUUCUGCAGGGGUUAAGGUCCUGGAUUAGAAGUCGUUCUGAACCAUUCAGCUAUAAGGCAAGAGUUUAAAUCCCACCCAGGCAACUUGGGGAUCGACAACCUGCUGGAGGGGUUGGUCGAGGAAGAGAAUUUUAAGUAAACGAGCACUUGAAUCGCCAAGGUAUAGAAGGCUACAGGGCAAGUGCUGGAAGGUGGGAGUAGUAUCGAGACACACAGAAAGGGAACAGGCCCUUCGGCCCAACUGGUCCGUGCCGACCAAGAUGCCCAUCUAAUCUAGUCCCAUCUGCCCGUGUUUGGCCCAUAUCCCUCGAAACCUUGUACCUGUCCAAGUACCUUUUAAAUGUUGUUAAUGUGCCUGCCGCAACCACUUCCUUGGCAGCUCGUUCCACAUACGGAGCACCCUCUGGGUGAAAAAGUUGCCCCUCAGGUUCCUACUAAAUCUCCCCCCCUCACCUUCAACCUACGCCCUCUAGUUAAGAUUUCUUUAUUAGCCACAUGUACGUCGAAACACACAGUGAAAUACAUCUUUUUGCGUAGUGAUUUGGGGGGCAGCCCACAAGUGUCGCCACUCUUCCGGCGCCAACAUAGCAUGCCCACAACUUCCUACCCUGUACGUCUUGACUGUACGUCUGUAGUUCUCGACUCCCCAACCCUGUGCACACUCACCCUGUCUAUGCCCCUCAUGAUUUUAUACACCAAUCUUAUAAUUGAUGGUCAACAUGUUCUCGGUGGGCUGAAGGCCCUGUAUGACUUGAUAAUCAAAUGUUAAACAAUUCUGGAAAUAAAGCUGGCCUUAAGCUAGUGGAUUGCUGUUGGAAGCCCUUCUGGUUCACUGAUUGGAGGAGAUCUGCCUUAUUGGAAUUGGUUUAUUAUUGUCACUUGUGCAGGCUGGUGUCCGUGAUGUGCUGAGCUGUGUCCACAACUCUCUGCAGUUUCUUGCGAUCACGGGCAGAGCAGUUGCAAGGAUGCUUUCUAUGGUGCAUCGAUAAAAAUUGGUGAGGGUCGACGGGGACAUGCCAAAUUUCUUUAGCCUCCUGAGGAAGUAGAGGUGCUAGUGAGCUUCCUUAUCUUACCCAGUCUGGCCUCUGCAGGACCUGGUUGACUUCGAGCCCCUCUCAGAUCAAGGGGAGAUUCAGAGAUGGGAAGAAAAUGCUGAUGCAUCUAUCAAUGCGAGCAUUUUGCAUUCACGAGAUGUGUACGCAACUGCUGUUUCCAGCAUUUACUCCCCGUACCUGAUGCUCCCAAGAGACUGAAGGCACCGUUGACCAAACCAGGUGAAGGUGGAAAUUUCCCUCCUGAGGAAAUCAGUGAACCAGAUGUGUUUCUACAAUGAUCCAUAGAUUAAUAGUAACCAUUACCAAGGUUGGGUUUCUUUAAAAAUAAAUCCAGGUUUGUUUAACAUUGAAUUUAACUUCCACCUGGGUAGGAUUUGAACCAUAUCUCCAGAUCGAGGGUCGUGGUCUCUAGUUGUUUCCCCACUACACCACCAACCCUCGCCCUUUCAAGAUGGCCUCUCAGUUCCCACGUUUAGUCUCUGAUCUCUCCCUGUCCAGAAUUAACAGCGGCGGGUCUCGCUCUCUGCUCCGAGACAAGAGCGCUCUGGGUUCGAGCCCUGCUUCCCAGACGUGUGCAGAUAUAGGGUGUGGGGAGUGUGGGGGGUGAGUGUGGGGACCGGAACCUCCUUCUGUGUGAAAGUGAUUGGGUGAAAUCGAGCUGGCUGUGUGUGUGUCUUCAUGUGUGAGUGUCUGUGCGUGCGUGUGUGCGUGUGUGUGUGUGCACACCACUGCCUAAACAGUUACACAGAUAAUUCCCUGUAACUUAGAACAGAAUGUAGACCAGUACAGUACAGCACAGGAACAGGCCCACCAUGUCUGUGCCGACCAUGGUGCCAAUCUAUCUAAUCCCAUAUGCCCGCACAUGAUCCGAAUCCCUCCGUUCCCUGCCUGCUCCAUGUGCCUGUAUAAAUGUCUCUCAAAUGCUGCCAUUGUAUCAACUGCCCUGGCAGCCCGUUCUAGGCACCCACCACUCUCUGUGAGAAAACUUGCCCCACACAUCUCCUUUAAACUUACCCCCUCUCACCCUAAACCUAAUCCCUCUAGUAUUUGACAUUUCCACCCAGGGAGAAAGAUUCUGACUGUCUACCCUAUCUAAGCCUCUCGCAAUUUUAUAAACUUCUAAUCAGCCUCUGCCGCUCCAGAGAAAACGACCCAGGUUUGUCCAACCUCUCCUUAUAGCACAAAUUCUCUAAUCCAGGCAGCAUCCUGGUGAACCUCUUCUGCACCCUCUCCAAAGCCUCCACAUCCUUUCUGUAACGGGGUGACCAGAACUGCACACAGCGCUCCAAGUGCGACUGAACCACAGCAGCAACAUGCCUUCCUGACUUCUACAGGCAAUGCCCUGAUCGAUGAAGGCAAGUACUCCGUACACCUUCCAUACAUAUUCUCCCCACAUUCCCAUCAACAACCCCCCCCCAGGUUCUCUCCCUCACCCACACACUAAGGGGACAGUUUACAGCAGCCGAUUAACCCACUGACCCCGUACGUCGUUGGGAUGGGCCUCGGACAGUUAAUGGUAUACAAUUUUGUGCACCGCAUUUCAGGACAGCAGACUUACUGGAGUGUCGCCAAGGAUGAGGAGGGGUUUGAGAAACCCUUUUACACUGAUCCCCUCCUUGCUAGAACACAGAACAGUACAGCACAGGAACAGGCCCUUCGGCCCACAAUGUCUAUACACAUACACACACAGCGAUGAGAGAGGUCGGAAUCGAACCAGGGAUCCCUGGAGCAGGAGGCAGCAGCUCUUCCAGCAAGACCAGCAUUUAUUGCCCAUUCCUGGGCAACCCCCCCCCCCCCCCCCCCCC